AUGUUCGGUGGUUGCCCGUUUGUGGCCCGCAUUGCCCUCCGUCCCCCCAGAAUGUCGGCCAUCCCCACAGACGAACCGGCCCAGGACGCGGCGCCGACCCUCGAUGCCCAGCAGCUCCAGCAGCAGCUCCAGCAGCAGGACGUCCAGCUCAACGCCCAGCCGCUCUCCCAGCCCGAGUCUGCCCGCAAGCCCAAAGCCCCGUCCGUUCGGCGCGCGUGCGUCGCUUGUCACACUGGCAAAACAAGGUGCUCAGAGGUCCUCCCCUGUCAGAGCUGUCUCAAACGAGGCUUGGGCGCAACCUGUGCAUACCCAGACCCAGACGCCCAGGACCAUACCCACCAUGCCUCCACUCCUUCCGCCACCAACGUCCAGUUUGCACCACCCCCGAUGUAUGCAACACUCCAGACGACUCCCAACCUGAAUCACCAACAGUACUAUGAUUACAACGGCACCUUCACCGGGGCAUCCACCUCCACAUUCCGGCCUAACAAGCGCCCGCGCAAUCUAACCGAGGAAGAGGCCGCCGCCAUCACCCGCAACUUCAGCCGUGGCGACUUCUACGUCGGAUCCAGUGCACCCGUCAGGAUCGAUCCCCGUCUCCCCGUCAGGCUCACCCUCGGCGAAGGCGAUCACGUCCAUUUCACCGUCGGCGAGGCCCUUGUGUAG